GGUUAGUUUGUAUGUAUACAUACAGAAUAAAGGUUCAUCAAAACUUUUCGGAAUUAAACAAUUAUUACUUCGCAUAGUAUUAAAUUAACAUGGUCACACGAUUACACAUUAAUGAGAAAGAUUUAGUUAAUCGAGAUGAGUCCGAGUUACAUUUUAUGCCAUGUAAAAUUCAUGGAGACGAAGCUGCGAAUGUUUCCUCCUUUUUCAAGCCUUACAUUCGUAAGCUAGAUGAAGAAUAUUAUGAUUGUUCCUUUCGUGGCUAUCCGCUUCAAGGGAAAAAAAUAACUGUACCUGCUGGAUUCAGAGGCAUGAUGUUUAUGGAGAAUAAAAAGACAGAAACAGAAAAUAAGGACAGGAAUUUGUAUUGCACAGGAACUUUUUCACAGUUAAUGUAUUGGAAUUAUGAUAAAAUACCAUCUAAGAAUGAUGCUUUUGUGGCAGCAUUAGAUUGGGUCGACAUAGCUAAAGUGUUACACUCACCAGAAACAUAGAUAUCAGAAGCAGAUUAUUUUAAUAAGAUAUCAAAUAAAUAUAUGUUCUU